AUGGCGCUUCCUGCGCGAGUAAAACAACCUAAUCGAUCUAUUGAAAUUCCAUACUUGGGAUCAUUGGAUCCAAAUGAGGAGCCCUACGAUAAGGGGGAAUUUGCUUCCUACAUUGAUCGAGUGCAAGGCUGGACCAUGGAUAACAUUCUGAAUCCAACGCAGAGCGACCACACACUGAGGGACUUGGCACAAAUGAUUCAGAACUGGCUUUUCUUUGGUCUCGUGCACCAAGCCUUUGGACAAAAUGCGAGGCAUCUCGACUUCAUCGACAUCAGCUCGAGCAGCCGACCGUUGGUGACGCUGCUUCGGUUCCGGCGUUUGUGUCAUCAGGAAUACUUGCGCCCUCCCGCUACACAAGCGGGAAGCAGCGUUAGCAAGCAGGAUCUCGAGAAGUCGAUCGCGCUGGCGGCAGAGAUCGUUGGACAGAUCCAUCUUAAUUCGGAAGAGCUUGAAGAGCACUUGGAACUAAUCCUGCUCUCCGUCAUGAUCUUGUGCGACGCGCUGCAACUAUGCAUCGACCCUAGGACAAUCUGCAUUCCUAGUCGCCGAUGGCCAUUGUCAGAUGUCUUGCUUGAAAAGCGUAUGCGGUCGGCUGGAUGGUGUCCCAGUGAUGUGCAAAGACUGACGAAGAUGCUUGAUCUUCAUUCCCUCACCCUCAUGACCACACUGCCUCCAAGGGAUUUUGGUCGUCAUGACUCUUGCGAUGGCAUUCGAUGCAAUGCGAACGACAUAGUUCCGGGCCAUUACCGCCGGGCACACCACGGCUGCGACGACUGUCAAGACCUCGUUGCCGACCCUACAGAGAUCUUCGAUAUUCUUGAAGACGAACAUUUGCCGCUGAUCGACCCUGACCAGGGUGAGAUCCCCAAAUUAAAGCUGAAGAGCACCGCCGAAGUCCAGAAGUACAUAGCUAUAUCUCAUGUAUGGUCCGACGGGCUAGGCAAUCCACAACGCAACGCUAUCUACAGCUGUCAGCUCAGCUGGCUCCAAACACUAGCUUCCCAGUUCUCGCAGCCGGGAAUGCCCGUCUGGUUGGACACAAUUUCAUGCCCACGAGACUAUGAACAUAUGCGCGAGCGAGCCAGAAAAGCCUAUGAUCAAGCGAUUGCCUUUAUGCGGAGAACGUAUGCACAUGCUGAGAUUGUUGUAGUGCUCGACCACUCGCUGCUCGAGGUGGAAACGAGACAUUUGACGGGCCUCAACAUCCUUCUGCGUAUUGCUUCGUGUGGAUGGACGAGACGAUUAUGGACCUACCAAGAGGGCGUGUUGGCUAAGAAGUUAUUCUUUCAGUUCGCUGACCGCGCCGUGGACAUGGAUGAGGUAUACUCAAAAUGGCAAGAAUCCAGCAAUGCCAUUUUCUAUAUCGGUGUGCGAGGGGCCUACAAAGAGCUUCGAAUCCUGCUAGACUCCACUGAGGAUGACUAUGUUGAGAAGGUUCUACAUAGGGUAUCUCGACCAUUGCAAUUCCGGAAGACAUCCGUUCCUUCUGAUGAAGCCCUGUGUCUUGCUGCCCUAGCAAAUUUGCGACCUGAGCUGGUAAAGAAGGUGUCUGAGAGUAAGAAAGAAAACCGUAUGGAGACGUUCUAUGCCAGUCUGCCAGUGGUCUGCAAGCAGCUCGUCUUCUGGCAUGGAGAUCGGAUGAAGCGGAUGGGCUAUCGAUGGGCGCCGGCGUCAUUCCUGAACAACAGCCAUCUUUAUCUUCGAGACUGGGACGAGGGUCCGACGGCCGAAAGCAACACAGCCAUGUUAUCUACAUCUGGUCUUUCCUUCGAAUGCCCUGGCAUAUUGCUAGGGAAGCUAAACGCUAGCCUGCAAUCUGUCCUCGUGUCGACAGGACCCAAAGUGUGGUACCACGUUACCUGCCGACAAUUCGGAGGCGAGACAGGCCUACCGUUUCAAAUAGAUCCAGGAGAUGGCAUACCGGACAUUUCGUUAGCAAUCCUGAACCCAAUUCCCUUUCACCAAGACUUCGCUCUUCCUGGAUUUGGCGUGCGCCUCUCGCUGCUGGUAGCCAUCGUGGCACAAUACUCGGAUAGUACAUACAUCGCGCAGACUCUGUGCCCAGUCUUCGUACUACGCAAGCUUGAAAUCGAGACCGAGUUUCCCUUGGUCAUGAAAACCUGCCGAUUUUUCAAGCACUGUCUGCAAGUUAGCUUAGCGGAGGGCCAAACAACAGAGGCAGAUAUUGACGCCGAAAAUGCCCAUUUACUGGACGACGAGACCCUUAUCCAUCAGUAUAAAGCACGGGGAAGUGCCGCAGUCCUCGAACACACCCAAGCGUAUGAACUAGGAAGCAGAGAGAAUGCGCUGUGGGGCGGGACCUGCUUGUCGGAAGAACGCCUCUGUCUUGUCCGUAGUGGGAUUCACAAUGUCUUUGAAGGUAUAGAGAUAGGACCAUCUCAGAAAUGGUGCCUCGACUGA